AGGGCUGGUUCUUUCGUUGUAGGAGCCAUCAUCAUAUCAGCCUAAUACAAGUCGUGAUUAAGAAAAAAAAAAAAAAACAGAGCGGACAGACAUGGGUUUGCACAGGAAUACAGUUUAAAAGAAGCCUCUGUAAACGCCGCUUGGUUUUCGUGUGUAGGCCAUAUCAGCUGCAGACAAGCUUGAAAGAGGAAAUGGCUUGUGCUCCCCCCGUUGAAAAAUUUGUGGCAGCUGUGCUGAAUAUGGUUGGGUAAUUGACGCCUUCUUCGACCUGUUUUCGUGGCGCCGCUUGAUCCAGAGGCAUCGUGACUCCUUGAAGUCUGUGGUGGAGCAGAGGUAGGAGUGGAAACUUGGACAUCUUUGCUGUUUGCCAUUCUGUAGAGCUUUGAGGAGGGAGGGCGAGACCAGGCACCAUCUGAACCACCCAGAGCAUGGGGCAAAAAGUUCCAGGGGGUAUAAAGACUGUGGACAUGCGGGAUCCCGCGAGCCGUCCACUCAGGCAGCAGCUACAGGCUCUGGACUACAGUAAACCACCACGGUUGGACAUGCUACUGGACAUGCCACCUGCUACCACUAUGGUGCAGGUGCAGCACUCAUGGAACAAUGAUGACCGGUCGCUUAACAUCUUUGUCAAGGAGGACAACAAGCUCAUUUUCCAUCGACACCCGGUGGCACAGAGUACGGACGCCAUACGCGGUCGUGUCGGCUACACACGUGGCCUUCAUGUAUGGGAGAUCUCUUGGGCUCUGCGUCAGCGCGGUACUCAUGCUGUAGUGGGUGUGGCCACCGGAGAGGCCCCUCUGCACUCGGUAGGAUACACGGCACUUGUUGGGAACAACAGCGAGUCCUGGGGCUGGGACCUGGGCCGAAACAAACUCUACCACGAUGGCAAAAAUCAACCCAGCAAGACCUACCCGGCCUUCUUGGAGCCGGACGAGACGUUUGUUGUCCCGGAUUCGUUUCUGGUGGUGCUGGACAUGGACGAGGGCACUUUAAGUUUUAUUGUAGAUGGACAGUAUUUGGGGGUGGCUUUUCAAGGACUGAAGGGCAGAAAACUGUACCCUGUAGUAAGUGCAGUUUGGGGACACUGUGAAAUCAGAAUCCGGUACAUCAAUGGACUUGAUCCUGAGCCCCUGCCUCUCAUGGACUUGUGCAGACGUUCAGUGAGAUUAGCGUUGGGCCGAGAGCGCCUGACUGAAAUACAUGGACUUCCUUUACCUGCGUCCCUCAAGAACUACCUGCUCUAUCAAUGAUAAUAGGAGUGCCUUUAGUCACUGAAAGGCAGAGCGGCUAUUCUCUCUGGGAUACUUUUUUUUCCUGACAGACUCACUUUCUUAAACUUUUUCUCCUCACUUUGGAUUUUGGUACUUUGGGACUUUUUUUGUUUUUGCACCAAGGACUCCUCGGUCUUAUGUUCAAAGUGUUUACGUUUGUGUUUUGCAUCCACUUCUUUUUAAAAACCCUUGUUUUUGUGGGUUGCUUCAGUCAUGUCAUAUACUGAAUACACAAUGGGAGACGCACUGAACCCUGUGAUGUGAGCUGUCCUAGGAAAAAAAAAAAAAACCCGUGUCUGCAUGGCUGGAUAGAAAAGUCUAACGAGUUUGAAACCUCAGCUGCUGGCUCCUCGUUUCCUUUUUUUUCCUGUCAUUCCUCAGACCUUUUAAUUAGAACUACAUCGAGAAGUGUGACAGGUUUAGCUUUUUGAAUGCUGGAUGUUGAUCUGUAAAUUAGUCUACUUGGGCAUCAGUGAUGUACCUGCAAACCUGGUUGAGAAUUAAUUUAGAGUUUUUUUUUUUUUUUUUUUUAAAGUCUCAUUCACUUCUUUCCCUCUCAGAAUUGGCAGGAGAGAUGCAACUGAAUGCACGGUUUAAGACGGGGCUUUUUUUUUUUUUUUAAAGCAUGAUGCAAAUAUAAGUGGACUCAUUGUAGCAGACGGAGUGCGUGGCAAUGGCUUCCCCCUUUCCUCUUGGCGGGUUAAAUAUAGCCUGGCGUUAGCUUUAGCAGCCCUAGCUGUCUGGCUUGGGGAAAAGGGAUUUGACCUCUUUAUUUAUAAUGGAGGUUGAAAGGCUAGCACUUGCACGACAUUAUAAUGCUAGCAUGUUCCAAUAGCCUGCCUUGUUGCUCCUACAGUCCUAGGCUUUCAUCAGUUAACCCAGUAAUAUCUCAAGUGCCUGCCCAUAGGAACUUUUGUUUUUUAAAGAAAAAGCCAUGAUUUUUAACUGAAAAGAAGGAUGGCAUCACUGUGAAACUCUGCAGCAUUCAUGAACAAUAGUAAAAGCAGCAGGCUGUUUGGCUGUUGGUCCUUUUUCUUUUAAUAAUUAGUUUCUCUUUAGUUCCACCCAACCUUUAAUUUUGGUGUAUUUUUGUAAUUUUUUUUUUUUAAAUCUGUCAGUGCUGAGAAGAAGGGUCCAGAAGUAUGAGUUCAAGUGCAUAUAUUGUGACACUACUGUACUGUGCCUUCCCCAUGAGAUAACCAUUGAAACCCCUGGUGUCGAUGGGGGGAAAAAUUUUGAUAUACUGAUGAGGAAACGUUCAAGUUUCUUUGCCCAGCCCAUCCUCAGUCUACUGCAUAAUCUUGUUUUAGAUGUGCAAAUGUAGUUUCCUGUCUCGCAUCCAGCUUGCUGGGUGAUGUUCGUCUCCUUCCUGCUUGCAGACUACCAUCCUCUUUGUAUUAAAUGUUGUAGAUAAUGUUGAUAAAUAUCUAAUAAAGUUUAUUAUAAAUGA